CUGGCUCGCAGGCGGACUGGCUGUGAGCGGCUCGGCGCGCUCCCUUCCCGGGCGGGGGAAUCCGGGCCGGGUUGUGGCCGCGGCCGCGUACGUGAGCGCAGUGUCCCGGAGAGGGAGGGCAGGCCGGCCAGGUGGGCGCGAAGGCGGCGGCGCGGGAGGCGGCGCAGUGCAGGGGCCGCGCCGGUGGCGGGCAGGGCCGCGGCCGCUGCAGGGAGCCGAGCUGUCCGGGCCGGUGGGCGGCCGAGCAGACUGAGAAGCAGAGUAUCCAGCAUGCUGUCCCGACGCCUUGGUAAGCGCUCCCUCUUGGGAGCCCGGGUGUUGGGACCUAGUGCCGCUGAGGUCCCAUCAGGGGCCAGCCUGCCUCUGGAGCCACAGAUAGAAGUGCCGGAAGGAGCCACGUCCCCAUCCUCACUCACCUCUAAGGACCCUGUGUGCCAGGAGCAGCCCAAGGAGGUUCUCAAAGCUCUGAGUACCUCAGGUCACCCACAGGUGGCCUUUCAGCCUGGACAGAAGGUCUGUGUAUGGUAUGGUGGUCAGGAGUGCAAGGGCCUGGUGGAGCAGCACAGCUGGGCCGAGGACAAGGUGACCGUCCGGCUGCUGGAUCAGAAGUUACAGAUCUCCUGUAAAGUGGAAGAGGUGUGGCUGGCGGAGCUGCAGGGUACCACAGCCUUGGAGCCCGGAGUCCAGGUGCCAGCCUACAGACCUGUGUCUAGGAACAUCGAUGUCCCGAAGAGGAAGUCGGAUGCAGUGGAGAUGGAUGAGAUGAUGGCCGCCAUGGUGCUGACGUCUCUGUCUUGCAGUCCCGUUGUGCAGAGUCCUCCUGGGGCUGAGCCCAUCUUCUCUGUUUCCCGUGCAGCCUGCGGUGACCCGUGGAAGGAGAGCGGUGACGUUUCAGACAGCGGCAGCAGCGGGCACUGGAGCGGGAGCAGUGGCAGCUCCACCCCGUCUCCCCCCCACCCGCAGGCCAGCCCCAAGUACCUAGGGGAUGCCUUUGGGUCUCCCCAAACUGAUCAUGGCUUUGAGACUGAUCCUGACCCUUUCCUGUUAGAUGAACCAGCCCCGAGAAAGAGGAAGAACUCUGUGAAGGUGAUGUACAAGUGCCUGUGGCCCAGCUGUGGCAAAGUUCUUCGUUCAAUCGUGGGCAUCAAACGACACAUCAAAGCCCUCCACUUGGGGGACACUGUUGACUCUGAUCAGUUCAAGCGGGAGGAAGACUUUUACUACACAGAGAUGCAGAUGAAAGAGGAAUCUGCUCUGGCUCUGGCUGCUCCCCCUGCCCCUGGGACACCUGCGGGCGAGCCAGCGUCCACCUCCCGGGUGACCAGCCCGUCCCUUGCUGCUCUUUCAUUGCCUCCAGCCAAAGUCCAGUCGUCUGGCCCAGAACACCCUGGCCUGGAGUCUUCCCUGCCCUCAGUUGCACUCAGCAAGUCAGCCCCUGGCUCCUUCUGGCACAUUCAGGCUGACCAUGCAUACCAGGCUCUGCCAUCCUUCCAGAUCCCGGUCUCCCCCCACAUCUACACCAGCAUCAGCUGGGCUGCUGCCCCUACCACCACCUCCUCCCUCUCUCCGGUCCGGAGCCGCUCACUCAGCUUCAGCGAGCCCCAGCAGCCACCACCCACAGUGAAGUCUCAUUUGAUUGUCACCUCCCCACCCCGUGCUCAGAGCAGCACCAGGAAAGCCCGUGGAGAGGCCAAGAAGUGCCGUAAGGUGUAUGGCAUCGAGCACCGGGACCAGUGGUGCACAGCCUGCCGGUGGAAGAAGGCCUGCCAGCGCUUCCUGGACUGAGCCUGCCUCUACUAGCCCCACUCCUCAACCCACCUGGCAGCCUCUAGGCCUGCAGCCAUCAGCAGAACACAGGGAGAUGAUGUGGCAUGGAUGUGGGCAGCUGGGACCCAUUGGCUAAGAUAGAACACUUAAAAACACUUUCUCCCCCUUGUGGGAGUGCUUUAUUUUUUAAAAGCAAACCUAAAUGAAACUAUUUUUCCCCCUUAAAAUAGGAGAGAGCCAAAAUUGACCAAGGGUAUUCUGCAGCGAACCAGAGACCAAAGAGUUACCCCCUACCCCUACCCCAUCCUACCCUCCUGGGACUACAUACGCAUCAAAAGUAGGACAGGACGCCUUGCCAGUUUUCGUCCUGAGCUGGUGAAUCCUUUGCUCUUUCAGCUAUUCCAGAAUGAUCUGUGAGCAAAUGAAUUUCCCCCCCUUUUUUAGGAAAAAAAAAAGAAGUUUCUGCAGGUAGAUGGCCACCCAGGGAACAGUAGCAGGACCCUAGGAAGAGCAGGCAGCUGUGCUUGGUGAGAUAUGGUUUGACUCCUGUUGGAGCAGCUUCUGCAGGCAGAAAACAGAUACCCUUUUAUGGUGGUGACUUUUGGAUCUGGGUCCCCCCAGAUGUUGGGUUGCAUGCCAAUAAACGUGUGGCCCCUUCUCAAAGCCUGUCUCCAAAAAAGCUGAGCCAAAAGGCUAGUAUGAAUUCAUCUUGAGAAUGUGGCCUCGAAACACUAUCCUGAGCGUCCUUGAGCUCUGAGAGGAAGUGUGGAGAGUCUCCAUAAAAACCCUGCUCCCACUGAGUAAAGCCCCUCCUGAGGCCUCUUCCCUCCAGAGUGUCACAGAGACACUAGAAUGUCAGGUGGUCUUGUCUGAUUAGAAGUCUUCAAUGAGGAAGCCUUCUUUCCCUUGGGGUCUCUGGAAGAUGCUAGCAGACUUUGCCUCUGGACCUGCUCAACAUGGACCCAACUGUUCUGGACUGACAUCCCAGGUGUCACAGGCUCAGGGAGUGGCACCAGGCCACCUCUCCAGGGACUGAGCAGAGUUGGCUCAUGAGUUGUCAUGGAGAGCAUCCUCCUGACCACAGAGGCUCCAUUGGUGGUGUCACAUGGGAACCACCUACUUCUCAAUCUAAGACACACUAAGUACUAGUAGAAAACCUGUGAACCUGGGAGGCUGUGUGUGUGAGGUGAAGGGUGCAGUGGCAGCCUGGGCUGCUGCUGGAGGGGAAACACCAGUGUCUGGGUGUCUUUCAUAGGGGUGUAUUUUUAUAACAGUUUUUGAACAUAUAGGGACCCCACCAAGAGGCUCUCCUCUCCCUUUAAUCCCAAUGUAGACUGAGUGUCCAUUUCAGCAAAGGGGUUUUAAUCCCAGCCUUGUUUUGGAGCUUGCAGAUGUCACUGAAUAUAAUUUCCUCCAUUUGAAGCAGGCUUCCUAUGCCGUUGGAGCACCACUCAGAAGAGGAAGAGAGGAAAGAACAGGAAUCGAUGAGAUGGUUUAAAAGCUGAAGAAGUUCUGAUUUUGUUUAGUUCUUUAUUCCAUCUCUGUGCGGCCUCCAGAGCCUACAUUCAUUCCCUCUCUUCCCUGGCAGUGUUGGCCUCCUGCCUGCUGUCAUGUGUCCCCCCUUUGCUCCUUCCCCCCCAAUCCUGAUGCUUUCAUGUUGAUUCCUGACACAUGGUCUGGCUUUGGGUUUGAAGGGCAAGGGUGGCUGUGAACACCCCCCAGCCGUCAGGCCCGCUUUGUAGUCCUCAUCUCUAUCUCCCACUCCCCAGCCCCGGGUUUGGAAUCUGACCGGGUGAAGGCGACGCAGAUGUGCUUUUGAAACCAACAGGGCCUAGCCUGCAGACAGUUCUCUUGGGAAACUGUCCAGCCACAUGUCCGUUACUCAGAGCUCUCAGAGUUACCUUCAGACAUGGUGUCAUGUUGGGAGCAACCUCAGUGCGUCUGCACUAUACUCACUCCGUGCUGUGAGUCCAGGGAUACUGUCUGUGGCCACUGAAGUCUCAGGUACAAAGCCAAAGGGCUCUCUGGGAACCCAGGGUUGGAUCCAUAAGGCUUUUAAUCUGGCCCUGAAAGCAAUGUUGCCACUUCAGACGGUACAGCGAGCAAUGGCUGCCUUGUCGGAGUGAGUGGGUAGCUUGACGCCUUAGAGGACACUAUGAAAUUGGAUAUGGAGACUGAUUUGGUGGGGAAAAAAAAAAAAAACCUGUUACUUUCUGGUCACCCUAGGUUCUGACUUUCCCUGGGGCAGAAAACAACACAAAAAAGGGAGAAUCCAUCUGUGAAUUUGUCUUAUCAGCGCUUCUCCCCCACCACCCCCACUCUGUCCCCAUCCCCGCUGUCUUCCAAGUAUUAUUUUUACUGUUAAGAUUUUUUUUUAAAUGUGAAAUGAAAUGUAAUGUUUUUACAGCAAUGAUAUGAAAUAUAUUUUAUAAGGAAUAAAAUGGUACAUUGUCUGA